AUGGAGGAACUCGUGGCGGCGAGGCGGAAGUUGGCGCUGUCCAUGGAGUCGUUCAAGACCACGAUUGACGAAUCCCAGAGUUUUCUCGGGGAACUCGUCAACAGCUACACCAAAGGCAUACGAGGGGCGACGCCCGCCAAGUUGAUGUUGUUUGGCUUUGGCCUCGACAUUGGCGACGUUGAGGUUGUGGCCGCAUCUCUGCCGCCGAGCCUCACAUCCACGACCAUCCUGGUUCUUGCUGGGGUCUUGAUCACCGCCCUCAAGCCGGAAGCGUUGACGCCCACCACCUGUUCGACACAGGUCCUGGCCAGCAUCGUCAAUGCCAUGAGUGCCAAGCUGAACCACUGUACAGUUCCUGCACUCACGUCAAGUGGCAUACAAGAGGUUGUGAACCCAUGGGUGCAAGAUAAGGCAUCACUCAUUCUUGCACAUGAGGUGCUCGGGGAAAUCUUCGUGCAGACCGGCACUGCUGUUAUUGUUGCUAGAAGCAUUGGCGACUCAGCAACACGAACCAGACGUGAACCAGUCCAGGUCCAGCUGCACAAAGGCAUCAAAUACAACCAUGUUCGUGACUCUCCGUGACUAUGGGUGAGCACAACCUCGUUCUGGCAGCGCUGGCCUCCUUGGGCUAUUGGUACUUCCGACAUCAAUCUGGAGCAAUAGAAGGAUCUGCUACUCCUCUCAUCUGCGAGCAACUACGAUGCCAGGGACUGGCUGCUAAUGAUUGACCCCCUUCCACGACAAAGAGGAUCAAACGUAUCAACAU